GCGGAGUCCAUCGGUAGCGGUUAUUCUCCUCUCUCUCUUCAACGAUCCCGAGCCUGUUUUUGUCGUCGAAGCAAUGGAGGGCGAAUACAAUGGCCACGUCAAGGAAGGAAAGAUGCAUGGGGUAGGGGUGUGCGUCUACACGGACGGCUCGCGCUAUCAGGGCGACUGGAAGGCUGGCCUCAAGAAUGGGCGCGGCACUCAUUCUUUUGCCAGUGGCGACCAGUUUGAGGGCGAGUGGGAGAACGGGUGGAUGCACGGUCUCGGGGUUUACACUUGGAAGAUCGGCGACAAGUACAUUGGCGAGGUGAGCUAUGGCAGGAUUCACGGCUUCGGAACCUACACGUGGCGAACGAAUUCAAAGUACGUCGGCUGCUGGAAGGAGGGCAAGAUGCACGGCCACGGCGUAAAGACGGACCCGCAUGGCAACCUGUUUGAGGGCGAGUGGAGGGAGGGCAAGCCCAUCAUCAAGGACAAGGCCAACCAGUCGCCCGACUUCCUGGCGUGGCUCAACGACUCCGUGGGUGCGGUGGCGGGUCCGCGGCGCAACAAGGAGUACGCCUCGGUAUCGCAGCACGACGAUGAUUAGCCAGUCACGGCGAGUGACAGGGCGCCCCCUGCCGGCGUCUCCAGCUGCGCCCCGUGCGGCAGACUACGCGCUCUACGCACGAUUGUGCCUCUCUCGUACCCAAAAAAAUGCGUAUACUUUGUGUGGGAAAGUUGUGGCCUUCUUCCGUGUGCGAGAGAUGGUCGUUUUUCAUGCAGCGC